CUGAGGACUGGAACGGGACACGGGCAGAGGAAGCAGCUGCUGAUAAAGGUCUUUCACACCCAUGUGGGAUGUUCACCUCCAGUCUUAGAUAUGAUGACCAUGAUGAUGAUGAUGGUGGCCAUGAUGGUCACCUGCAGCUCUCUGUUACUGCUGGGGCUCGCUGCUGCUCACGCCACCUCGAGCACCGUGAGCCGCUCUUCUUCUUCCUCAUCUUCAUCAACUUCCUCCUCGUCCUCACCCUCAUCUUCCUCGCCACGCAUGAAGCUGUCAUACAAAGAAUUACAGCAGUUCCAUGGAGUCCGGCGGUUCGAGCUGGAGCGGUCCUGCUGCUUCAGCGCUCUGCUGCUGGAUGAAGAACGGGGCCGACUCUUUGUGGGGGCCAAGAACUUCCUGCUGUCACUCUCACUGGACAACAUUGCUAAACAAGAACAGAAGAUCUACUGGCCUGCACCUGUUGACUGGAGAGAGGAAUGUAACUGGGCCGGCAAAGACAUCACUUCUGAUUGCGUGAACUAUGUGAAAAUUGUUCACCACUAUAACCGCACCCACCUGUAUGCCUGUGGAACGGGGGCCUUCCACCCCACCUGUGCAUUUGUGGAGGUGGGACACAGGAUGGAGGACCAUGUGUUCAGGAUCGAUCCCUCGAAGGUGGAGGAAGGGAAAGGGAAGAGUCCAUAUGAUCCCCGGCACAAUGCUGCAUCUGUUCUCAUCGGUGAUGAGCUCUAUGCCGGCGUGGCCACAGACUUAAUGGGACGGGACUUCACCAUCUUCAGGAGUUUAGGAAAACGCCCUUCUAUACGUACAGAACAACAUGAUUCCCGCUGGCUGAACGAACCAAAGUUUGUUGGUUCUUUUUGGGUCCCUGAAAGUGAAAAUCCUGACGACGACAAAAUCUUCUUCUUCUUCCGGGAGACGGCAGUUGAGGCUCAGGGUUUGGGAAAGUCCACCUACUCUCGUAUUGGACAGUUGUGCCGGAAUGACAUGGGUGGUCAGCGAAGUCUGGUGAAUAAGUGGACGACGUUCCUGAAGACCCGUCUGAUUUGCUCAGUGCCAGGAGCUGAUGGCAGUGACACAUACUUUGAUGAGCUGCGCGACGUGUUCCUGCUGCAGACAAGGGACAGAAAGAACCCCCUGGUCUACACAGUCUUCUCCACUUCCAGCAGUGUAUUUAAGGGCUCAGCUGUGUGUCUUUACUCCAUGAAUGACAUCCGGAGAGCCUUCCUGGGGCCUUUUGCCCACAAAGAGGGGCCCAACUACCAGUGGGUCCCCUUCCAGGGGAAAGUGCCCUAUCCCCGCCCAGGAAUGUGCCCCAGCAAGACGUUUGGCAGCUUCGAGUCCACAAAGGGUUUCCCAGAUGAUGUGAUCCAGUUUGCCCGUCACCACCCACUGAUGUACAACCCCGUUUACCCCAUGAGCAGACGGCCCAUCUUCGUCAGAACCAACAUGGAUUACAGCUUCACACAGAUCGCUGUGGACAGGGUCAACGCUGCUGAUGGACAGUAUGAUGUCAUGUUCAUCGGCACAGACAAAGGGACGGUACUAAAGGUGAUAAAUGUUCCCAAGGAGAGCUGGAACAACAUGGAGGAACUUUUACUGGAAGAACUGGAGGUCUUCAAAGAUGCCUCAUCUAUCAUCAACAUGCAGAUCUCCUCUAAACGGCAACAGCUGUAUGUGGGCUCUGACACAGGGAUUGCCCAAGUUCCCCUGCACCGCUGCAGUGUGUACGGGAAGGCCUGCGCCGAGUGCUGCCUGGCCCGGGACCCGUACUGCGCCUGGGACGGCACAUCGUGUACCCGCUACCUCCCAAACACAAAAAGACGUUUCCGGCGCCAGGACGUACGGAACGGAGAUCCCAACACCCUUUGCUCUGGAGACCACCACAAGCACCGUGUUGCUGAGAGAAAACUGUACGGAGUUGAGGGAAGCAGUACUUUCUUGGAGUGUAUCCCAAAAUCUCUUCAGGCCAGAGUCACCUGGACCUUCCAGAAACAUCCACAGAACCCUCGAGAAGAGGUACGUCUAGAUGAACGUGUCCUCCAGACAGACAGGGGCCUACUAAUUCGUCGUGUCCUAAAGAGAGAUAUUGGCGUCUAUCAGUGUCAUGCUAUGGAGCACGGCUUUACCCAAACGUUACUUGGUAUCACCUUGGAAGUUGUACCCUCAACAUCUUCUGCCAUAUCCAAUCUUCCUUCCGACGCUCCUGUCCGAUUAGAUCCCCGCAGUGGAGGAGGUUCCUCGAUGACCAAUCAAAAGCUCUGGUACAGGGAUUUCAUGCAGCUUGUGGACCAUCCCAACCUGAGCACGGUGGACCAAAUUUGUGAGCAAGUUUGGGCACGCAAGAACGCUGGCGCUGAGGCAGCAAAUAAGGGUUUCCCCGCUCCAGGGAAAGAUAUCCCACCUGCGGGACCCGCUGUCCGUCCAGCCAAUAAAAAGUGGAAGCAUCUCCAGGAGAUCAGGAAGGGGAGAAACCGCAGGACCCACGACGGGAAACCGAACCCUCGGGCACCACGUAGUGCGGGGGAGUAAAGAAGCAGAGGAAGAGAUGGAGGGAGAAAAAGAUUGACUGAUACAAGAGGGAAGGGUGUGAAAGAAAGAGACCAAGAGAUGAAAAACUCAUGGAGGUGUUCACACAUUCAAAUACACAUACCGACGCACAUGCACACACACACACAUGCACACACACUCACUCUCACACAGCACCUACCGGCUGUGUAUAUUUAUCUAUGGAUGCCCUUAGUAUAUGGUACACUAUUCCCUGAGCCCUCAUCCUUCUGACCAGCCCCCGCAUGUGCUGCCUUACUGCCCAAAUUGAUUCUGCAUGAUCCCUUUACACAAUUUCUGGCAAAGCCAUGAACCAGCAGAAGAAAACCCACCAUUAUCUGCAGGCAAUAACUGACACUCACCCAUGGUUCCUUGUGCCACUGACUUUAUUUGGAAGAUGUGUUCACAAAAGUUGAGCAAUUACAAGCGAAACACACAUUUCAU